AGCAGGCAGCACAGCUACUAUUGUUUUGGCGGUCAUUGGCUUAGUUGUAGCUGUGGUUUGCGUGGCUCUCUGUUGGAUAAUGUUUUUCCAACGCAGUGGCAGAAUACCAGGUCCUUGCCCCGUGUUCAUCAAAUCAAAGUUGAGUGUAAAGCAGACCUUUAUUGCAGCAGUUAUUGUAACAUUACUUUGUGUGAUUGGAAUCAUACUUUGCAUCGUUGGUUUGGUGACUAAAGGCUUGGCCUAUGCUGGUGCUGGUUUUGCCUUAGCUGUCAUUGCACUGGUGAUCAUCAUGCUGCUCCUUGUCUGUUGUCGAGUAAAUGCGAAAAAGAACUUUCGUAACGCAGAACACACAGAGACUAACCUGGUUAAUCCCAACAUUACAAAUGUCACUGGUGAUGAAAAAGGUGUGAAGAAAGGGGAGACAACUGAUGUUGUAAAGGAAACUGAGGUGGAAACAAAAGGCAGUGACAAAAAUGACAAAGUAGACAAGAAAGGGGAGAAAACUAAUGUUAUAAAGGCAACUGCAUUGGAGAUGAAAGGCAUUGACAAAAAUGACAAAGUAGACGAUGUUUAGAUUUUGUCCAUGUUAGUCAAAUAAGGACACGACACGGAUCGACAGCUCAAAAAGGAUCAGAUCAAUUAUCUUUUACGAAAAUGUUAAAGACUUUUACAGAGUAAACUGAAAUACCAGUCUUUUCUAUUUUUGAAACAAUAUGAGGUAUUCACUCAUUCACCCCUGAAAUUUCAUAAUGGACUAUUCCAACCUUUGAAUUGGAAGUUCAAAUAUGUCUUCAGGGGUGAGUUAGUUAAUUGUGUGAAGAAUAGGUUUUCCUUCAUGAUAAACUAUUCUACAGUCAUCCGAAUUCUUCUAAUCCAGCAUAAGGAGUAAAGUUGACGUAACAGGCACUAUUGACUAACUAGAUGCCAUCGCAGUGGUGAAGGGAGGUAUUAUGUACUAUUGUAUUGUAUAUAGCACUCCAUACUUAUUCUGUUUAAUAUCAACUCAAAAUAAAUCCAACGACUGUUCAGUGUUCAAACAAAUCUGCCAUUGGUACAAGAUACUUCAAGACUAAUUUCAACAUCAAGAAACAUUCAUUAAAAAGUAGACAUGAUUUUAAUUGCCGGCACGUGACUGUUUCCCAAAAAAUUGGAAAUUAAGAGCCAAUAACAUUUUGGUGUAAUUAAACAUGAUCUUGUGGUAGGUUUUGGCUGUAUACAAUGACUAAAAGUGACAAAUCAAUCUAUUGCUACAUAGCCCGACAUUGACAGUUCAGGGUAAGAUGAUAUUUCAGAUAUUUUAAAUUUUCUUAAUUGUUUGUUUCGGAUAUUAGCAAAACAAUUAACCAUCAAUUCAUUGGAAAUCAAAUGUGUCUGAAGUCAUGAAUAUGAGGUUAACCCUUUCACCCCUAUGUUACUUUAAUAAACUCUACUGAAAAAUGAUCUGGAUGAGUUCAUUAUGGUCUAU